AUGCUCAUCCGCGACUUCUACUUUGAGGACGCCCGUCGGAGGGAGUCCAAGAACCACAAGUGGUGCAUCUUCCUCUGCCCCACGCAGGAGCUGGUUUUCCAGCAGGCCAAGAGCGCGCAGAUCUUCACGGGGGUGCGGUGCGUGAACGAACUCGAGGCGGCGCAGACGAAAGCAGCGAAAAUCAUCCUAGGAUGCUCCAAGCGCACAAGUAAUGCAGCCGUCAGGGCAGAAUUGGGGAUCCAAUCCCUACGGUCGGGAAGAGACGCGAGGAAGCUGACAUGGCAGUAUCGCAUGUGCGGAAUGGGAGAGGAGAGGUUGCCGAGAAUUGUAUGGGAGGCGAAGUGGGCAAACAAAAAGAGGGGUAGACAACCCACGGAAUGGGUCAAGGUUGUAGAGGACGUAUGGAAGGGGCUCGACAUCGACGAAGAUGAAACGCUGGAAACGGAGGGUCUACAGGGGUUCAAGGAGAAGAUAUCUGUUGCUUGUGCCGAGAGAGAAGAAAAGAAUCUAAGGAAAGAAACCAAGGAUAAGGAGGGUCUACAAGUGUACGGAAUGUUGAAGGAAGGAAUAGGGUUCAAGGACUACCUACAUGGACCAAUGGAUGCAGGAACAAAGCUUAAGGUCAAAUUCAGGACCGGGGACAUAGGCCUUCGAGAACGUCGACGAAGACAUAGGACGGUAGACGAGGAAGACGACGAGUUCAAAUGUGAUUGCGGCUUCGAAUGCGAAGACCGUGUUCAUGUAGUCGCGGAAUGUCCGUUGUACAAGAAGGAGAGGGAAGUGUACGUGACUGAGCUGGGAAAAAUAGAUGGAACGUACAGGGAGAUGUUUGAGGCAUGGAAUAGAGAGGAAAGGACGGUAGCUGUACUGGGGCAUAGGAGGUGGGUUGAAAAGGCGGGAAGGGAUAUCGUUACGAUAGCCAGACUAGGGAAGGCAUUGUUGAGCCACCUUUGGCAGAGUAGAAAGGAACGAUUGGCCAUCGGUGAUCGGUCCUGUGGGAACAAUGCUCCGUCCUCUCGAGGACGCGUGGUCAAUAGCCUAACCGCUAACGCAUGCAAAACCAAAGAGGUUCUCGUGAUGACCCCGAACGCCUUGCUCAACCUCCUGCACCGGGGGAACGAGUACUUGUCGCUCAAGGACGUGGGGGUAUUGGUCUUCGACGAGUGCCACAAGGCCAGGAAAAAACAUCCAUACGCCCGUGUCAUGGCCUUCUACCUCGACCUCAGGAAGAAUAAGGGGCCCCUACCCAAGGUACAUCACGGUGCUGUCUGUGCCCCCCAACUUUGUGUCCACCUUAAUGGUGGGCGGCCAUCGAUACUUGACACUUUUCUUAUCAGCUUACCGCGAGUGUUCCCGCCAAGCUCGCGUCAUUUGUGGCCUUCUGGCCAAGAUCAUGAGCCGAAGAGCCCGGUUCUCUAA